AUGAGUGGCAGCAAAUCCCACUCGUCAGGCCUGAAAUGCCUGCUACAUUUCUUACUGCUGGCAUCCACAGUCGUUAGCGAUGAUGGCCCUUUCACCGUGUCGCCACCCAUGCCAUCCAUCUGCACGGCGAGCACCGUCACCUAUUCAUCAGCAUUGCUCAUGCCCACGGGCUCCUUUGAUAUCGACCCCGGCUCCUAUGGCAUGGGGAACUUAGGCCAGAACUGGACUUUUGCCGUCACUUCUGGAAUAGAGCUGUUGGACUGGGGCGAUGAUGGGCAAAACAUUUCGAAAUGGGUCGUUGAGAACGGUAAUGGACCAUACGUUACUGCAGCUAAUCCUGUGAUCCAAUAUGGCGCCAUGUCAUACACCUUCACCGUUCCAACCGAUGGAAGCUGGCCUGGCGGGAUGAUGACGGGUCUCGCAGCGUCCUCAGGAGGUUCUGCAGACUUUACACUUACCAUCACAGCCUUACUUCCCUGCCACUUACCAGUCGCAAUGGAGUGCGGCAGUAACUCCGAUCCCGCCUUUGACACAUCACAAUGGGAGGCUUGGAGUGUUGAUCAUUUCUUGUCAUCUUACUACACGAAUUAUACCAAUGGUGCUUUUGGUUCGCCAGGGUCAUUCAUGGACACAUUCUAUAACGAUUUUACUGAUGGCGAGGGUUCGGUAUACGAUCAGUGCAAUGUUACAGAUACCCCGAUAAAUGAUUGUAAUUGGAUUGGGUCUUGCCGCAAUCUCGCCACGUCUGGUCGGCCUGAUCUUACACCUUAUCAAGUGCCAGCAUACCUUACUAUGUAUGCUAUGAGGAAUUUCAUGGCCCUCCUCAACAACAUAUACACCGCACUCCAAUGGGCAAACGCCGACAUGGAACGUAUAUAUGAAGGCUUGGGUUCCAUCUUUGUCAAUAUACCGAGCGGUGUUUCAGAGACAUGGUACAAGGCAUUUCCCCUUGUGAAUACUAUUCUGACUCUGAUCGCUGUUAUCUUUAUUGCUCUAGAACUGCCAUUUUUUGUGGCCGCAUUGAUAGGGACGGCUGCUGCGUUCGGUUUCGGUGGCGAUGCCGGUGCACUGACGGCCGCAGAAGUGCAAACGGAUUUCCAAUUGGAACAAAUCUGGACGGAUAGCGCGAUCGGCGAGUCAUUGGUGACGACGAUCUCUGACUCGAUCUACAACUUAAGCAAUGCGGUCUGGCUAGGCGGAGCCAAUGUUACAGAAUUCAUGAAGGGUGGCAGUUUUCUCACAGCACAGACAAGCCUGGCGGAGACCAAUGCCACCAACAGAAAUGGCCCACCGUUGCAAGCUACAGAAUAUUUCGAAAAUCAGUUCAUUUCAGCUUUAAUCAAUAGCUACUACAAGGCAAAUUACGCCUAUAUUGUUUAUAUACCCUAUGGCCAGGUCCAACAACUCGAUUGCUCGAACUCGUGGGGCGAUUUCACACAGGACAUCUGUCAAAAGGAUUGGAUCGAGAAAGGGCGCCAUGACUUUUCUACCAGUUGGAAUGACAGCGUGGUGGCUUCAUGCAUGGACAAUGGUAUGGCCGUGUUAUACAGUGCAUUUUCCGGCGCUCAGGUCAAUAGUCAGCCGCAGUCUUUCUUCGUCAAAAACUUCAGCGUCAAUGAUAUCACUUACAAUCCAGUCUACAUGAUAGAGUCAUCUGUGAAUGGGUUUCUCGCCCAUGGCUUCAAUUACAACGCGACAGACGCCUGGGUUUCGCAGAUCUCCAACCCCAAUGGGGAAACUGUCCUCAAUGAGAAUACCGCGGGAGCCAUUAUGGAUGUGCAGCAAUGGACUGCUGGCAUGUACAACCUUCCCGUUUGCGUGCAGAAUAAUCUAGCGUCAGUGCCGAACAGCCUCUUUCAAUCUCAGUACGGACUCGCCUGGCCUGCCCAGAUCCAGCCGUGUCAAUGCAUGUCAGACUCGGCCAACAUCACCAUUGACGGAAUCACUUCGUACUUCAGGGACAACAUCCCGCAACAAGCCGCAGAGUAUCUCAGUGACGACGGUAAAUCUGGCAACUGGUGUCCAUUUAAGGGACCCAUGGGCAAGGCGUGCGAUAGUUCUCAGGGACCGGGUUACUGA